CAUUGCUUCGAUCGAUGCGCACGGUUCGAGUGCCCCGCAAUUGCUGAGAAGAGCCCCCACUGCAGAAUUGAAUCCGAUUCGGACACUCUGGGAUCGAUGAGGUUCAGGAAGUGAUUUCAAUGACAGAUCUCUUGGGUUCUGGACGAGUAAACUAGGUCGUACGCGUCUCCCCCGUCUACGAUCUUUCUAGAAAUUUUGACGAGUCGCUGAAGUUAGUGCAGCAUCGCGGUUUCUUAGACCUCGUUAGGGUGUAUCAUCUGAUUCGCCUCAUAUACAUCACAAUGUUUGAUUAUCACCAUUUUCCUUGGCGUGACGUGUGCACGAAGCGUUCUGCACACCCUGCAAAUCGAAACAUUACUUGCCAGAAUGUUUAUUGAUUGUGCAGGUUCGGAUUGACUAGUGAAUGGCGUUCGGACGGGUGGUUUGGAUCAUAUGAGUUUCUUGUACUCCAUCUCAGCAAAGUAUCUUUCAACUGGGCCACGAGGCAUUUCAUCGUUGGGGAUGGGGACACAUCGUUGACAACGUCCACCAUAUGACAAGUUUCGCGAACUUGUCAAAAUUCGAAUGACUAGAAUGAUUCCGAACGCCCUUUGGGAACACAACAUGAAUUUCUCGUUGAGCUCAGGCACUUCUCCCGAGCGCUGCUAUUAUUUUCAAGGUUGGACCGUGCUCUAGAUUCUGAGGAGCUGUUCAGAACCUUAAAUCACCGGACGAGGUCUGAUUUGCCGCCACUUGCAGUCUCUUGGAGCUCUUGGGGCCUUGCAGGGAGGAGAAGAAAAUAAAGUCAAGAGGACAAAAAGCGUAGGGCUCUGGAUGCUAUGCAAUGUUGGGAGAUUUCUUCGUGAUGGGCAGGGUAAUUGAGCACUCUAUCAUUUGGACGUCGACAGGUUAUGAAUACCAGAGGGUGAUAAACGGCAUACUCUCUCUCGAGCUCGCGAAGAAGAGCAGCGAUUAUUUAAUUUGGGUUCGGAUUUCCAGUUUUUUCACGCACUCAUCGACCGAUCGAUUCCAGCGAUUUCAGCUACGAUCGCAGAACGAAUUCUAGACCUUCAACGAGAGUGCAGGCACGAACGAUGGGCUUGAUCUUCGUGCCCUACAGACACAUGCACGAGUCGCUGCUGAAGAACUCACACAGAGGUUCGAGCGAAUCGGCGUCAACCGAACAGGCCAACACGAAUGAGAAUUCGUACCAGUCCUUACAGGAUCUGGUCCGGAUCUACGACGAUCCAUCGGCGAUCGACGCAACGGAUCGUUCGGCCAACCUCGACGACGACGGCGAGGGCGAGGACGACGAGGCCCGUCCCAGCAGCUCCGGCGCCAGCACCUCGGCAGCAUCCAGAACCGAGGGCGACAGCUCCAGCGGCGACGAGAAUGCCCGAUUCUAUCGAGCUCUCCGAAGGCUGCACACGUCCACGCCGGGCCCGAGCUCCGCAGCCAAUGUCGUGUCCAGCCUGAUCGACACGAGAACUGUCAGACUGCUCGAGGUGCUCUCGGCCUACUACGUACGAGCCGCCUACGACCGGACGCGCGCGACCGCGCCGCCCGCCGCGGCCGUCGCGAGCAGCCCCGGCGCCCUGAGCCCCGUCGGGCUCGGCAUUCUGCAGGGCGCGGCGGAGACCGCCGCAAAUUCGAACAUCGUAACGCGCCCGACCACCGCCCGCGUGCCGGAGCGCUUCACCGACAGUCUGGCGCGCGUGUACGACGCCCACCGGUCGCUCUCGAUGGCCCGAGCCUCGUCGCAGACGGCGGGCGUGGACCCAGGCGACCGCGACCGCGGCGGGGGCGGGGGCGUAAGGAGGCGCCACCAGUUCAUCCUGCGACCUGACCACCGGGAGGUGUCCCCGGAGGAGCUCCGACUCUCCCACUGGCAGAACGGCCCGUUCACGUUCCACAACAACGUCGCGAUCGGCGUCGCCGCCGACCCGUCCGUAACGAGACGGACGGCGGGCCCGCCCGCCGUCGUGAACCCGGGGCCCGGGUUGCUGCGCACGCCGGAGCGGUCCGUCGACGACCUGCUGCAGUUCGUGAGGAGGCGGACGGACCAAUCAUCGUCCGCCAGCACGUCCAGCUCGCAGACCGAGGACGAUGUUCUGACCGCCUCCGCGGGCAGUGGGCCCGGGCCGGGGCUGGGGCUGGUGCAGUUUCGCGACGGCGCGAGCUCGGGCGGGACCGUUACGGUGAACCCGGCGUUCUCGUCGUCCUCGGACUCUGGCCCGACGCAAGCGUACCUGCGACACAACGAGACGAGGACGAACGUGACGACGCACGGAUGCCUGCGCGUGAUUAUGCGCCGGCAUCGAGGCUGGGAGGAGCAAGCGGCGCGAGACAACUUCGUCGAGUAUUGGCACUACAGCACCAUCCAGCGCCGAGAAGCUCCGGGCUUCGAGGUGGUUCGCGACGGGAUCGCCCGGCUUCCAUGGCCCUUGCUGGCCCUGGCAGGCCUGCACACUUUGCGGUCGUUCGCUUAUCAGAUCAAUAGCGCCCACCAUCGCGAAACUCCUCUUCCCGACUACCAGGGCAAUGUCUUCGAUGUCGUUUUGGUGUCGCCGGAGCCGACCUCGAAUCCUUCGGAAGAGAGGGCGAUCUGAGGAUAUCCAUUCGACGCAGUUGGAACUUGAUGUUGACGUCUUCAUUUGGAUCAGUUUCCUCGUUUAUGUGAUUUGUGAGCGUCACCAGUAGUUCAGGAUUAGGAACCUUUCGUGAAUAUUGACAAUGAUAUUUCGAAAGAUCUCUGUGAUAACUUGAGCCUUCAGUGGGAAAAUCUUCAGAUGUAUUAUAUCUUGAAGAGAAGUCUAUUAGAGCUGCAAGAAAGCAUAGGAAGAAAAAUGUUGAUAACUGGAAGGUGGAACUGUGGCCUUCGUGCACACCUGUGCACGAAGGCCACUUAAAUCAACCACCAGAAAUGGGACAAAUCAGCACGAUUUCUGUGCUCAGAGCAAACGAGGAUGAAGACUCUUUCUUGGAACCAUUUUCUGCUUGAUUGGUGCU